AUUUAUGGUCCGCGUUAAAUCGACGCAGAGCCUACGCCGUACGGGUACGCGGCGACGCGCACCAUACGGCGUAGUCUCUGCGUCGGUGUAACGCGGAACCAUAAAUCAGCUCCAGCAGAGACGACGCCCGAGCGAAGCCGCCGCCAUUACCAGUCGGCGUUAGCCCCGCAGCAGGCCUGAAGCUCUGUAAAUCCAGGUGUGAUGCAUUCGCUGGCUCAGGAGAUCCAAGGCUUCUCCAAAGCCCGGCUGAAGAAGCAGGUCACACAUGUGACCACGGUGAUGGGCAGGAGGCUGGUGGAGAGGAGGAGUGAUGGAGGAGAGGAGGAGGUGCAGGAGCUGCAGGUGCAGGAGCUGCAGGGACAGGGAUGUGGAUUUGUACAAGAUGAAAGUCUAGACCUUCAAGUUGGAGUUGUCAGGCCCUUCCUACUCCUGGGCUCUCAGGAUGCUGCCCACGACAUCGACACCCUGCAGAGAUAUAAGGUGUCUCAUGUGCUGAACGUGGCGUACGGAGUCACUAACCUGUUCCCAGAUCAGCUGGAGUGUAAGACGCUGGAGAUCCUGGACCUCCCGGAAACUCAGAUCACCUCGUACCUGGAGGAAUGCAGCUCUUUUAUAGAUCAGGCUCAACAACAGGGCGGUGUGGUUCUGGUGCACUGUAAUGCCGGUGUGUCACGUUCCUCCUCCAUCGUGAUUGGAUACCUGAUGUUGAGGGAAGGACUGUCGUUUGAUGCUGCGUACGGCCAGGUGAAGCUGGCAAGGCCAUCCAUUCGCCCAAACGCCGGCUUCUACCAACAGUUACACAACUACAAGCCUUAACCGACUAAAAUCCAUUUUUGUGUGAAGUAACAAGACUUUAGGGACGGCAGAACCUAAGAUCUGGAGAGCGUCUUAUUAAGAGGCUGUAAUCUCUGUUCAGAAGCUUUAACAUUAAUUAAAUUUUCCAUGUGUUAUCAUUAAACAAUUUGUUUCUACUUUUUUUGCUAACAAUGUUCUUUACAAGCGUUUAAAUGUACAGGCAGUCAUUAAUAUUAUCUUUUUAAAGAUGUGUUUGAGCUCGAGAAACAUUUGGAAGAUCACAAUUAGCUGACAGAAACACUACAAAAAAAGAUUUAAAAGAGGAUUUAAAUAGACCUCAAACAGAUUAAUAAAAACAGUUACAAGGGUGAAC